UAAUCUUCAGAAUAGUACAUUAGAGUGGUUACGACCACAGCGGCCUCUUUGGUUGAAGACAGACUUGUAGCUUUCUUACUCCUCUGAGUUUCAGCUUUUAUUAGUGCGUUGGGGCGGGGGAGGGGGAAGAUCUACAGACACCGACAGCCUGACCCUCUGGAGUUGGUAUGUGAUAAGCAGCUCUGGCAGUGCCAUGUAUUGGAAAAGCGAUCAGAUGUUUGUGUGUAAACUCGAAGAAAAGGACGUGCCGGAACUAGCUGUUCCUCUGGAGAAGUGCCCGGGGCUCAUGUCGGAGGAGUGCGGGCGCACUGCAGCCCUGGAGGCCGGGAGGACUCAGAAAGGCGCCGGGGAAGAGGGACUGGUGAGCCCCGAGGGAGCGGGGGACGAGGACUCGUGUUCCUCCUCCGCCCCGCUGUCCCCGUCGUCCUCGCCCCGGUCCAUGGCCUCGGGCUCCGUCUGCCCCCCUGGCAAGUGUGUGUGCAACAGCUGCGGCCUGGAGAUCGUGGACAAGUACCUGCUCAAGGUGAAUGACCUGUGCUGGCAUGUUCGCUGUCUCUCCUGCAGUGUCUGCAGAACCUCCUUGGGAAGGCAUACCAGCUGUUAUAUUAAAGACAAAGACAUUUUCUGCAAACUUGAUUAUUUCAGAAGGUAUGGAACUCGAUGCUCUCGUUGUGGGAGGCACAUCCAUUCUACUGACUGGGUCCGGAGGGCCAAGGGAAAUGUCUAUCACUUGGCGUGCUUUGCCUGCUUUUCUUGUAAAAGGCAACUUUCUACGGGAGAGGAGUUUGCUUUGGUGGAAGAGAAAGUUCUCUGCAGAGUACAUUAUGACUGCAUGCUGGAUAAUUUAAAAAGAGAAGUGGAAAAUGGUAAUGGAAUUAGUGUUGAAGGUGCCCUCCUUACAGAGCAAGAUGUUAAUCAUCCAAAACCAGCAAAAAGAGCUCGAACCAGCUUUACAGCAGAUCAGCUACAGGUUAUGCAAGCACAGUUUGCUCAGGACAACAACCCAGAUGCACAGACUCUCCAGAAACUGGCAGAAAGAACAGGCUUGAGCAGACGUGUGAUCCAGGUGUGGUUUCAGAACUGUAGAGCACGCCACAAGAAACACGUCAGCCCUAAUCACUCCUCCUCUGCCCCAGUCACAGCAGUCCCACCUUCCAGGCUGUCUCCACCAAUGUUAGAAGAAAUGGCUUAUUCUGCCUAUGUACCCCAAGAUGGGACAAUGCUAACUGCGCUUCAUAGUUAUAUGGAUGCUCAUUCACCAACAACUCUUGGACUCCAGCCCUUGUUACCCCAUUCAGUGACACAAUUGCCAAUAAGUCAUACCUGAUUCUUUUUUUUUUCAGGGAGAGAAAUGAUUAAUGAUAUGACUUGUCAAAUGAUUAAUGAUAUGACUUGUCAUUUAUUAAGUAUAAAAAACAUUAAAAAGAUAUUAAUGUUAAUUUUUUUAUUUAACACCCAAAGCAUUUCCAACAUCACUUUGCUGCCCAGGUAUGUAUAUUUGUAGUUGGCCUGCAAGACACUUUUAUUAAUUCUUCAUUUUUUGUAAAAAUUUUGUUUACAAGAAGAAAACAAAUCAAAACUUUUUUUUUGUAUUGUCCAGAGAUAGUUCACUCUAGUGUGUAUCUGUUAAUUUAUUUGUCAUCAAAAGAGCACUUUGCCUAAAAGAAAGGACUGACAAGUGUGCAAAAUGUUUACAAUCCUUUGUGAAACUGUAGUUUAUCAUUAGUUUGUAUCUGUAAGUUAUUGUUCUAAAUAUUACUUGUAUUUUUUGUUAUAUACGACUUUAUACUUUGAAGCUUGUAUCUGUGAAUUUGCAACUGAAAUUUAUUUUGCCAAUGUUUUCAGAAUGAACUGAAUAAAGCUUUUGUUGUAGCAUGCCAUGCAAACACAUUACUGUGUUUGUGCUUGAUUACUUAGGGCUGUAAAUAGCACUAUACUUUAAUAAUAAUCCCACCAUUCUAAGUUUAUUAAACACUUUUCAUUCUUGUGAAAGUUUCAA